AGUUCGUGCGUGACCGUCCAUCGUGCGAUGGACGGCAUCCACGGGUGCAGCUGACCUUGCGAUGUCACGCGCGCACCGGAGAGGAUCCGCGCUCCAAGUUUCCGGCCGGCGGCCUGAAAAUCAGACCGGCAUUUAAAGCGAGCGAUCAAGGAAUGAAAGAAAGGAGAGGGAUCGAAUAGAGGGGAAGUCCUCUUCCUCCCGUUCUUCCUUUUCCGCGUCCAAGCCGAGCCAUUCCCUCUUCCCCCCUUCCUUUCCCUACCUUAUUUUUCCUCACCAAACGAACCUCUGUUGCAAAGCCCCUUUCCUCCUUUGCCUUCUUGUCCUUCUCCUUUCUUUUUGAAGCGUUCCCCUUUUCUUGAUCUAGUUUUUUGGGCUUUAAUCAAGAAUUGGGAUUUGGAGUCAAAGAUCGAUCGGUAUUGGACGGUCUGAUCGGUUCUUGGGACAGGCGAGAUGGAUUUUUUCCGCAGGGCGAGGGUGGUCCGGCUUCGGAGCCACCACGACAAAUAUUUGACGGCGGACGAGGACGAGGAGCACGUGUGCCAGGACCGCAACGGGGCAUCCCGCAACGCCCGGUGGGCGGUGGAGAUCGUGGACGGGCCCGCCCCGGUUCUGCGCCUCAAGAGCUGCUACGACCGCUACCUCACCGCCUCGAACGAGCCCUUCCUCCUCGGCGUCACCGGCCGCAAGGUCCUCCAGACCGUGCCCCCCCGCCUCGACUCCUCCGUCGAGUGGGAGCCCAUCCGCGAUGGCGUCCAGGUCAAGCUCAAGACCCGCUACGGCCACUUCCUCCGUGGCAAUGGCGGCCUCCCGCCGUGGCGCAACUCCAUCACCCAUGACAUUCCUCAUCGCACCGCCACCCAGGAUUGGAUUCUGUGGGAUGUCGAUGUCGUCGACAUACUCCCGAGCCCCUCUGCCUCGCCGGCCGCGCCGUAUCUGCCGGCCGAGCAUCACGGAGCUUCCGAGCCUCCAAACAUGUCCCCGAAACUGUCCAAGAUGGAGUCAUCGUCUUCUUUCUCUGGGUCGCUCCACAAAGUGGAGGGUCGGACUAUUCACUAUACCGUUGCAGACAAUGAUGGCUCUGUGGACGAGAGCUUUGGGGAGUCUUCCUUCAUUUUCAAUGGGCUGAGCGUGGAGGAGCUGACUCACAAAUUGGAGGAGGAAACAAAUCUCAGCGAUAUAAUUGUGUGCUACCGAAAUCCAGUGAAUGACAAGCUCUGUCCCCUCCAUCUGACGCUCCCACCUAACAACAUGACGAUGCAUGUUGUGGUAGUCCAGGCCUCAUCCAAAGUGGCAAAGACUUUCCCUUGGCCGCUUGCUGGAUGAAUUUAUACAUUCGAAAUCAUAUCCAGUGGAUCUGUACAUUUUGCGAUUGCUUUCACAUACGGGGGCCUGCAGAAUACUAUUUUUAGUCAUUCUUUGGCAUGGAUCUUAAUCACAGUUUAUUCUCUUUUGCUGUUGAAUAUUUGCUGCCGAUGAGGCUGGACAUGAUAUCAGCAAAGAUAUUUUUCAAAUGUGCUGGAGGUUUUGUUGGAUCAGUCUUCCAAUAAUGUUGAAGGAUAAUGUUCUCCUUGCUGAUCCAUACUACAUGAUGUCUCACUCAAGACCAAAACAAACAUUGUAGAGUUUUGUUUGUAGUUACAAUGUGAAAAGAUCUCAUGUUUUGAUACUAGGUAUUUAUCUUUGCUAUUGAUGCACUUGUGGUGCAAACUUAUUUGGUGAAAGUUUGGAAAAGCUUGUGGAUUAAAUUUUGGAAAAUUAAGAACUCUAAACUGUGGAAGGUGCUGAGGGUGAA